CUUGGUCUGACCACAAGAUGUAGCCAUUUCAUCACAUUACAUUACAUUGUUGGAAGCCGUAAUACAAAGGGGAGUGUCAGUUUGCAUGAAAUGAUUUGAAUAGAUCCUGACAGGCAUUCAUUAUCAUGCCUGGAAGAGGGAAGCCACGCACAGCACAAAGUCCAGAGGCAAAGUAUACCAAUGGGGCUCCUAAAGCAAGAACAGUAACUUCAACUUCAACCUCCAGAGGUACACAGAUAUCUUUGGCAAGGAAAAAGCAGACGAACACCUUCGAGGAACAAACAGAAGGGAAAAAAAUAUCUUUGGAAAAUAUUGAUGAAGAUCGACAAAAAACUCCAGAAAACAUUACAGGAUCUUCUGGUAGAGACGGUUCUCCAGAAAUGGACCAAGAAGACAUUCAGGCCACCACAGCAAAGGAAACAACUAAAUUUAACUCUACAGCCAACAGCGCAAAACCUAAAAUGUGUGGUGCCCAGGACAAAUUGAAAUUAGAGAACACAGGAAUCAAAAAGGCUCCAAAGAAAACUACAAGGAAGAAAUCUGCAAAGGGAUCUUGUACUGAAGGCGAUUCUCCAGACACGAACCAAGAAGACAUUCAGACCACCACAGUACAGGAAACAACUAAAUUUUACUCUACAGCCAGUGGCACAAAACCUAAAAUGUGUGGUGCCCAGGACAAAUUGAAAUUAGAGAACACAGAAAUCAAAAAGGCUCCAAAGAAAACAACAAGGAAGAAAUCUGCAAAGGGAUCUUGUACUGAUGAUGAUUCUCCAGACAUGAACCAAGAAAAUGAGGUCAACUGUGCAGGCAGUGCUGCAAAUGCGAAAACAUGUGGGGCCGAAACCAAAUCACCAGCCAACAAAAAGAAUGAAUACAAUGGAGCUUACAUCAAAGGCAGAAAAGACCAAGGCAGGAACUCCUGUGUUGAACAAGCUGAAUCAUCAAUAAAAGGAAUGACUCAAGUUAAAAUGCAACUUUCCCUCGAUGACAGUAAAAAAGCAAAUACUGCUGAAAAGAAGGAACCAAGCACCACACUUAAAGCAACACUGGACAAACUUAAAAUCAGGAUGAAUGAGAAAUCGAAAGCUUCACAAGUAAUUAACAAAGUAGAGAACGUCAUUCUGGAACAUUUAAAAAAUAAAACUAUUUACUUUAGGCAAGUAGAUAAUCCACUUCACACUGGCAGCUACUAUGAAAAUUUGAAGAUUUCCAACCCAGAUGAGUUUGAUAUAAUGUUCCCCAUUCCUGUUGAACGCAUAGAAAUACAGCCAUAUUCUGGGGAUGGAGCAUUUUAUGUUGUGUCUUUAAAACGUGGGUAUAACCCACUAAAAAAGUUUCAGCAAGAGGGAAAACCUUUACCUGCAAGUGAAAUACUACAGGAGUUUAGAAGAGAAGUUAUUGACAGCAUUAAGAAUGAAGAUGUGGAUAUUGAUAAAAAGAAGAAAGGAUGUCCUGCUGUGACACUCAGUAUAAAAGUUGAGUCACGUGUCAUUUCACUUGACAUUGUAUUGUGCCUUGUUGUUCAGUCCAGCUGGCCAACUUUCACAAAGGGAGGCUUGAAAAUAGAAGGUUGGCUCGGAAGAAAAGUAAAACAAAACUUCACAUACAAGCCGUACUACCUUGUUCCAAAAUAUGAGGGCAGGGGUACAGAUGAAUGCAAUGGAAUUCUUGCCAAGGAUUGUUGGCGUAUUUCAUUUUCUCAUGUGGAGAAAGACAUCUUAAAAAAUCAUGGAUCAGAAAAGACGUGCUGCGAGAAAGAUGGUGCUCGUUGCUGCAGGAAAGAUUGCGUGAAGCUGCUGAAGCAUCUCCUUAGCCUUCUUAAGGAAGAGGAUGAGUCAUUUGACAAGUUCUGCUCAUAUCAUGUGAAAACUACCUUCCUCCAUGCUUGCUGCUCCAGGGCUAAAGACAGUGAAUGGGCAGCCACAGACCUGACACAGUGCUUUGAGCAACUCCUAAAGGAUUUUGAAGGUCACUUGGAAAGCAAGCAGCUCAACAACUUCUUCAUCCCUACCCAAAAUUUACUUUCUGGUUGCAGCCAGAAAAGCUGCAAAAGUCUAGCUCUGCGUAUCCAAAAGGAGCGAGAAGAGGGAUUUCCUAUAUUUAAAUGCUAAUUUAUAACUAAUUGAUACUACUAAUACUUCUUGAUGCUUGAACUAUUAAUUCAGAAAAAAUCUUUUCAAAUCAAAUAUUUUUCAUUUAUCAUGCACAAACUUGUAUUCAGUCAACCAUAUAAAAAUAAAAGCAAAAGUAAAGUACACAAUAUUUAACAGUGAAUAAAACUAAACACAGUUUGUCAAAAUGAAGUUAUUCACCAAAUUUAUCAACUUGUCAAACAUGAAGAAUGUUUAAGUAAUUUCUAGCUAUUUUCCAAGUAAAAAACAAAACAAUGAGAGGUAACUGAACUGUACAUAAAACAUACUUUGAAUAAAAAGGACAAAGGGGGUGCCUUCCAGUUCCUGUAGAGAAAGACGUGUGUGU